CUUGGUUUGUAAGGAUUUUUCCAUGCCUUCGCUCUCACAUCACACCAUCCUCCACUCCAUCCCCAACUCCACCACCCCUUAUAAGUACCAUCCUCCUCCCCUGUUCCCAUGCAAGGUUCAAGUGCAUCAAACCAUCUCUCCAGUACGCCUCAAAAAAGUCCAGUCUCCCAACCAAGCCCAAGGGCAGCAAACAGACAAGCAAGCAAGCUCCACCAUGAACACCAAGUCUUCCAUCCUCACCCUCUUCUCCCUCCUUCUGCUCCUCCUCCUCGCCGCCUCCUCCUUCGCCGCCGAUCCCGACUUGCUCCAAGACCUCUGCGUCGCCGACCUCAGCUCCAGCGUGAAGGUGAACGGAUUCGCAUGCAAAGCGAACGCAACGGGGGAUGACUUCUUCUUCCAAGGCCUGGCCUCCCCCGGCGACACCAACAACACCAUGGGCUCCCUGGUGACGGCGGCCAACGUGGAGAAGAUCCCGGGGCUCAACACCCUCGGCAUCUCCAUGUCCCGCAUCGACUUCGCCCCCGGCGGGCUGAACCCUCCCCACACCCACCCCCGCGCCACCGAGAUGGUCUUCGUCCUCUACGGCAGCUUCGACGUCGGCUUCAUCACCACCGCCAACAAGCUCGUCAGCAAGACCAUCAACAAGGGGGAGAUCUUCGUCUUCCCUCGCGCCCUCGUCCACUUCCAGAAGAACAACGGCGAUGCCCCCGCCGCUCUCCUCUCCGGCUUCAGCAGCCAGCUCCCGGGCACCCAGUCCAUUCCCACCACCUUGUUCGCCUCCUCGCCGACGGUGCCUGACCACGUCCUCACCAGGGCCUUCCAGAUUGGCACCAAGGAGGUGGAGAAGAUCAAGUCCCGCCUCGCACCCAAGAAGAAGUGAAAGAGGGAAAGAUUGGUCCAUUCGUUAUUGGUUUGUACGUGUUUGAGAGGAAAGCGGGGGAGAGAGAGAGGAGCGUUGGAGGUGUAUGCAUGAUAAUUAAUAUAAUAAUGGGAUAGCGGGAGGCAAUAUAUAUACCAUUUCUUCGUUGUUCGUUCAAUCAUUUGGUGAUAAUUGUUUCUUCAUGUGAUUUGGUUUC